CGAGCUAAACAUUCUGUGAGGAAUGAUCUGUGACAGAGUGAAUGGAGGAUACACUCAAUAUACCGUGAAGAAAAGCAUGAUGGGAGUUGACGGUGUGGUCACGGAAGCCCUUGAGGGCAGAAGGAGCCUCCUCUGCCAUCUUGGACAUUGUGAUCCAUCAGGAGCACUUGGUGAAGAUUAUGAAACGGUGUUGGGACCUGUGCCAGCUGAUGCCAGGUUUCAUAAUUCCUCGCUGUGCCUGAAUGGAGCUCACCAGAGAGAUCGCAUCAAACAAGAGAAUCCCUGCAAAUUCUCUCACCUGUCAACCCCAGGUCGUCAGAUCCACUCAGACGGCCCCGAGCUAAAGUCAAUUCUGCUCUCUGACACAGCCGUGUCACACAAUGGAUUCAAGAACUGUCUGUCAUCAUACUUUUUAGACAGCCCUUUCCAAGGGACACAGCUAGGCAACAGUAACCAUUCUCCAGACAGAUAUCAGUCUAGUAAUGGGAAAAGGAGGUGUUCCUCUUCCAACGAAGGAGUUGAAAUAGUGGGAAUUUUGCAAAAAUCUCUUCCUUCCUGUAUUAAUGGACUUUGUGUAUCCCCACCAAGAAUAUUCUCUCACCCUGGAGAGAUCACUGAUUCAAAUCCCACAAAAACACCCCAGUCAGAAGAUCAGUGUGGCCUGCCCUCCUCUGCCCUGUGCUUUCCACCCCUCUCAGAUGAAUGUGAGGACAGUCCUUCUGAGCAGGUGACCGUACCAUGCUCAGAAAGCAGCUCAGUUAACCUCAUCAGCUCCACCUCUGCUGACUGCAGUAAACUAAGUUUUCUGAAACAAGAGCCACAGGACAAUUUCCACCAAGAUUUGCUUCCUCCUUAUGUUCUCCGUCUUCCACUCGCUAUGUCCCCUAAGACGGUGCCAAGUGAAGAGCAAGACAAACUUGGCUCAGGAGUAAGGAAGCAACUAUGUCGCUGGAUAGACUGCAGUGCCUUUUAUGAGCAGCAAGAGGAGCUAGUUAGGCACAUCGAGAAGUCCCACAUUGACCAGCGUACGGGAGAGGAUUUUACGUGUUUCUGGACUGGCUGCACAAGACGGUACAAACCUUUCAAUGCACGAUACAAACUGCUCAUUCACAUGAGAGUGCACUCUGGGGAGAAACCCAACAAAUGCAUGUUUGAAGGUUGCAACAAAGCCUUUUCCAGGCUUGAAAACUUAAAGAUCCAUUUAAGGAGUCACACAGGUGAAAGGCCAUACCUCUGUCAGCAUCCAGGUUGUCAUAAAGCGUUCAGUAAUUCCAGCGACCGAGCCAAACAUCAACGGACUCACCAGGACACGAAGCCAUACGCCUGUCAAAUUCCAGGCUGCUGUAAACGUUACACCGAUCCAAGCUCACUGCGGAAACAUGUCAAGGCCCAUGCCGCUAAAGGUCAGCAUGUGCGAACUACGACCCCGCAUGCGCUGGAGGGGAAGUGGACGAAAGCCAUCACACAGGAGAUUACAGCAGGUUCUCGAUCACGUGACGUGGUGACAGGUAUGUACACAUUAUGUUCCAGCAACCAUAUCAACUCAGGCUCAGGGUUACUUUCUCCAGCACCUGCUGUUCCUUCGAGGUGUCCUUCAAUGGAGACCUCCUCUGCACCCUUGCUGUGUGUCCCUGAGAGCACUCCUGAGGGGAUAUCACCACAUGACCUGUCUCUUCUUGGUGGACCUUUGAAGAUUGCAGCUUCCUCAAAAGUGAACCGAGGUGCAUGCCCGACAUCACACCAGAAAACCAUCACUCAGGAGCCGUAUGCUGCCGAAAAACAUUACCCAACAUUCAGUUCUGCUGGUCCUCACUCACAAGGGCUCCACGGUAGCUUCCUGCAGUAUCCGUACUUUUACAGAGAAGCACAGUGCUUGAGCAGAGACUCACUGAACCCAAAUCGGUAUCAGAUUCCUAGCACCCUGAAUACAGGAUAUGAAAUGCAAUCGGCAGGCACUGACACACACUGUAUAGCUGAAGAAAUCAGGACUAACAGUUCAGAGGAAAGAGAUUUUUUCCAAAACUCUGUUUUUGAUCAUUGCUUCAGCCACAUUCCGUCUAUCUAUACCGAUACUUAGAGUCCCAAUUCUUUGGAUUUUUGGUCCAAGCAACGUAUAAACAAAUGCUUUUAAUACACUUCAUUUUGACUCUUCUGAAUUUCAUUGUAUCACAAUCACCUGGAGAUUUUUGCACACAGUUUUAUUUAAACUAAAAUAAAACCGGAGCAAGUCAGUUGCACAUUAAUAACUCCAUAUGUAUUAAAAAUACAUCAGUUAAUAUAUUUUUGUUUUCUACUGAUUUUGCAGCAGAUAGAGUAUAUAAUAAUGAUCAUUCAUUACACGAAGUUAUUAAGCAAGUAUCUCACCCUGCGAUCCAGUUUUAUUUAGUUAUGUAUCUAUAUAAGUUAUGAACAUGUAAAUAUAUUUCCCAUUGUAUUCUACAGAUCACUUUGUUAUGGCACACCCAGUGUUCUCAAACAAACCUACUAUAUUUAUAAAAUUGCAUCCAAUGUUGAUAUUUGUUUUAUACAUU